GAACGUAUAAGGAUCAUCACGGAUCCACUGUUACUGAAAAUGACAUUAAACGUCGUGUUCAGGUUAACUUUAGUAAACCCUUUUACUUUCGUAUUGUUUGUUUCCGGGAAAGUAAUUAAGCAUUGAAUGAAACUUGGUUAGAAGACAAAAAUACAGGCUUAAAUGUGACCCGGGACCACAAAACCAGUCAUAUGGUGUGAGGUUGUUGCCAGUUGUGAAUGAUGAUUUUCAGUCAGUAUGAGGACUACAUUUACAGGACUUCUUUUGCAGAUGUUUCUCUACUUUACAGUGGUCUCUGCAAUCCCUGCUCCAGAUAACUUCACAAUAUUGUCUGACAACUUCAAACACAUUCUAAAAUGGACCCCUGGAAAGAAUUCUUCUCCACAGACUGUUUUCAAUAUAAAGCAGAGGUGCAGUUCUGAAAAGCCAAUAGACCUGCUAUCAGAAAUUAGAAAUACAACAGUAGAUGUCUCAAAAUCAUUAGAAAACAUCUACAAACCAUGUACUUUCUUACUCUGGGCAUCACUUGACAACAUGAAUUCAUCAAAAGUUAAAAAAAGGAUUACACCAUUUGAAGACACGGUUAUAGGUCCACCCAUGGUAGUUCUGUCUGGUUGUGGAGACUGUCUGAAAAUCAACAUCUCACUACCCAGAGGAUCAGGAAGAAAAAAACAGCUUGAUCAGUUUUAUAAUUCUGUAUCAUUCAAUAUAAGUUGGAAGAAAGCAGAAGAGAAGAAGGCAAACCACGUCCAUUCAGAUGGAGAUUAUGUUCUACAGAAUCUACAGCCUGGUGAAAAGUACUGUAUUAGAGUAAAUCCUAUAACCAAUGUCAAUCGCAACACUCAGUCCUCUGAUUGGCAGUGUGAAUACACUAGCAGAGAAGCACAAAGAGAAGUGUUAUACUUGGCUAGUUGGUCAUUGGGAGCUGUUUCGUUUGGAUUAGGUGUGCUGGUGCUAGCAGGCAUUCUGUUUUACAUUGGAUGUCUGUAUAAGCUCAAAACACUUCCUGAAGCACUGAGUAAUAUAGUUCAAACAUACUACUUGAACCCUGAACAGACAAUGACUGAGAGUGUAUUACUGACUGAUGCUCAGCUGAAAAUGUUAAAAUGUUAUCCUACCAAAAACAGUCCUUUACUGAAUCUUGAUUAUGGGCCACCUAAAGAGCAACAUGAAGAUGAUGACAACGUUGGUCAAAAGGCAGACACAGAUGAUGAUGAAGAAGAAAACAAAGAAGAUGAAGAAGACAACUGCACGUACAUGGAUCGCAUAAUUAACCACAGUAGUCUUAAAACUACUGAAAUUGGAGAGAACUGUAUAGUUUCAUCUCUGCCCCUGCUAUACAGUUCUGGUAUCUCCUAUACAGGGAAUAAAAUACCAUUGCAUUUCAGUGUAACUAGACCGUCCCAACAUAUCCAAAUUGAUGAAGAUGAGUAUAAGGAGGAAGUGAUGACAGGAGUGUCCAGGGAAAAUCAGAACCUUUCUAAAUUUAGACUUGAGCCAGAGGGAAAUGCAGAUGGCUCAGAUGCUACAGGGGAUAUCAACUUAUUAUCUGUCACUUUUAGAUCUUUUGGACCAGAGGAAGAUGGGAAAGAUUGUGAUAAGAAAGAGCUAUGCAAACUUCAAGAAUUCUACACAAUCCCACCAUCUGUGCAGACAGAAGAGAAAACAGAAGAUCCAAUAACAAAGGGAAACCAAAAGCAUUUUUCUUUGUGUUCCCAUGAUUCAGACAUAGAGACUAAUCAAGCUUCAAAAUCAGGAUAUACUGCGACCUACACAGGAGGUAUGCAUAAACAAAAUAGUUGCACAACUGAGGAGACUGAUUAUUUUGAUACAGGCUAUAUAACACGGUAAAGACUCUAAAUGUUUAUUUAAAGGAUAAAUAAUGUGAUUGAACAAGUUGGAAUGAAUCAUUAGUCUAGGGGUUUUUAGUUUCCCAAGGGAGUGCAUGAGAAACUGGUAGCUGUGUGGAGGGCAGGCAGGGCCUCCAUAAACGGUACAUCCCUGUAUGCUAGUCCAUCAAUCAUGACUGACAAGGCAUGAUUGUAGAUGAAUUGUCACUGACCUCUAUUUAAACUAAUCAAUGGCACUAUUUUCCACUCGCUGAAUGUAAGAGAUAGGGUACGAUAAACAACAUGUGAAAACUAUUUGUUGGUUCAACUUUAUAAGUUACCUGGUUGCCUUAAAAAUGUUGAGUUAUUUCACUUAAAAUAUUAAUUCACACGAAAAAGACAAGUGUGUCUCUUUGUAUAAACAAAAAUUUUUAAGUCAAAUUAACUCAACAUUUUAAUGGAACCAUAUAACCUUGUUCAUGUGAACUAAUAAAUGUUUAUUUACAGUGUAGGUAAGUUUCUUUUUUUUAAUGGUCUAUUACAUUCAAUAUUAAUAUUGCAAAUAUAAAUGUAUCAACCAAAUAUAUACAUGAAAACAAGUGCAUUGGGCAUCAUUUUAUAACAGGAUGCACGUGAUUAUCUAUUUGUAACAUAUCUGGAUAAAAAUGAUAUCAUUGUAGAUCCUGAAUAAUGCUGGUCCUACGUUACUCAUGGGCAUAAAAUUUAAGAUGCAAUGUCAUAUGCUGUAUUUUUGUUUUCUGUUCAAAAUUGUGUGCCAACAAAAACAAAACUAUGAAUUGUGUUUGGAGACGAGUCACAGUGACUGCACAUGCAAAUCACAUCUUUAUGGAAGGAUUUUCAGCAAAAGUGUAUGAUUUCCAUGCUGAAAAAUCCAGCAUUGUGGGUUCAGCAUAAGGUAUAAUUUGCAUGCUGGGAACACCAUGGGAUGCUGGUUUACUGUUCCCCAACAUGGAAUGAAGGUUAGCUGGUCAUUAGCAUGGGAUGCUGGAUUGCUAGUCCUCAUUUCCAUUUUUUUUACCCUUUGAAGACUGUUGCCCUGUGUGUGUUUUUUUUUUUUUUUUUGACUCUCCUGAUUUUGCCAAGUGGUUGAUGUCCUCAGGGCAACAUUAUGUUGACCCUGGGACAUCAUUUCAAUCAACCAAUCAGAUUUCAGAAAUAAGUUUACAGUUUGUUUUAAGUUUAAGCUUACAACCAGGAUUAGCAGGUUUCUAGCCCAUUGUUUUUCACUUAUCAUGUCCCUCUGAUUUUAGUUCAAUUAAAUUCAAUUUUAUUUAUAUAGCGCUUUUCACAAGUGUUAAUUGUUGCAAAGCAGCUUUACAUGAGUAGAUGUAGAGGAGAACACAGAAAAUCAAUACAUAGUAUAAGAAGUAGAAUAUAGCGGCUAAGGUUAAAACCGAACAAGCGUGCAUAUUAAUAAUGUAACGUAUACAGUAAAGUGCUAAGUUAAGCCAAAGUUGGCUGACUCUCUCUGGGACUCCCCCGAAGGAGAAAAACCCUAGGGAGAAAUUAAUAUAUAUUUAUAUAUAUAGACAAGGUAAGGAUAGGAAGCGGGUAAGCGGAUUAAACUGGUUCAGCCGGUGGUCGUUGGUCGCGCAUCGGCUGGGCAUCACGUUGAAGGACAGCCAGUAGAUGACCUUCACAGCAGCAGGAACUGGGUCUGUUUGUCUCAUUGUCCUCGGGGUCAAGGACGAGACAGGGAGACAAAAACAGAAUUCUAUUAGCGUAGGGGCCGUUCGCAUGUAAUGCAAGUGUCAUACAUUAUAUGGCAGAAUUUUGUGAGCGCAGUUUACGUGAUGGAUUGUAUUCUGAUAGUAGUUCUUUAAUAUACGAGGGUGCUAGGCCAUUUAAGGCUUUGUAGGUGAUUAGUAAUAUUUUAAAUUGUAUGCGAUAUUUAACUGGUAGCCAGUGUAAAGAUGCCAGAAUUGGACUGAUGUGGUCAUACUUUUUGGAUCGAGAAAGCACUCUUGCGGCGGCGUUUUGAACCAGCUGUAGCUUGUUUACCUGAUUUGUUUAGUGUUUGUAGUGUUUGUUUAUGGUUAGGGUUGGUGUUUGGGGUGGGUUUAGGUUUUAUUUACAAAAAUGUUGUCCUUGGGUCAACACAAUAUGAUGCCCUGAGGACAUCAACCACUUGGCAAAAUCAGUUCGAGCUUUUUUUUUUAGCUUGCUGGUGUUUUGGGUCAGGUUGACUGGGGGUUUGGGGUGGCCAGGUAGCUUACUUUAUUAGGUUGAGCCAACAAAUCUUUUUUACAGUCCAUGGUCUCCACUUUAAUCUAUAUCAAAAAUUGUCAUGCUUUCGUUGUUUCUUAAUUGUAGGGAUGCACCGAUAGGAUUUUUUUGGGCCAAUACCGAUUUAAACAGACAACUUCUGGCCGAUACUGAUAUUAAACACUUGUAUACAAUACUAUACAGUUGGUCUAUUAGCUAGUUUAUUUCUGCAUCAAAUUAUUUUUACUGAACAUGGAUUGGAUCUAAUUAACAUUCAACUGACCAACAUAAUAAGAGAGGCACAAAUUAAGCCAAAACAAAUAUAAGAAGACAGCAUGACAACCUUCAAAGGUGGUUUUUGCUAUUCAGCAUUUGUAUUUUAUUAACAACAUUAACUCAUUUUUUUUUACAUAUAAUGGAUUUCUUUAUGCAUUUAAUUAAUAAACAAGUGUUUUAAAUUAAUCAAAAAUCGACCGAUAAAUAUCGGCGGCCGAUACAUCAGUGCAUCACUACUUGAUUUAUCUUUACUUUUCUUUGUUUCUAUUUCAUGUUAAGCUGCUUUGUAACAGUGAACAAUUGUGAAAAGUGCUAUAUAAAUAUAUUUGAAUUAUAUUUGAAUUGAA